CACCGUCUUGCACUCCACAGUCUUGCAUCCGAGCACACAGGUCUCACAGGAGACCCAGCCCUACUGGAUAGAGGACUGGACCGGGCCGGAUGGCGUCCACACCCCCCAAAGCUCCAGAUGGAGCCAACCUCCAGUCAGCAGAGGUUUCCUCAGGUGACUUUCCGGAGCUGGCGGGCCAAGAAAAGGCGGAGAAGAAGAAGGAUCUGGAUGGUAGCUCCAACGUAGACGAUGGAGUGGACAUGUAUUCAUGUGAUAGCUCCCCCGACAGUGAUGAUGAGAAUAUAUGCGGAAAAGAAAAGAAGAAGGAAAAGAAGCUGAAGAAAAAGAAGAAGAAAGACUCCAGCUCAUCAUCUUCAUCCUCUUCCUCUUCUUCAUCCAGUAGCUCCUCUGACAGUGAUAGUGGGGAGGCAUCCUCUGAUAGUUCAUCUUCUGACAGCGAAGAUGAAAAGAAGAAGAAAAAGAAGAAGAAAAAAAAGACAACUAAAAAGAAAAAGAAGAAGGACUCCAGCAGUUCUUCAGACAGUUCUUCUGAUAGUGAGGAUGAUAAGAAGAAGAAAAAGAAGAAGAAAAAAACAUCCAAAAAGAAAAAGAAGAAGGACUCCAGCAGCUCUUCAGACAGUUCUUCUUCUUCUUCUUCCUCUUCUUCUGAUAGUGAGGAUGACAAAAAGAAGAAAAAGAAGAAGAAGCAAAAGAAGGACUCCAGCUCUUCUUCCUCUUCAUCAUCAUCUUCUGACAGCGAGGAUGACAAGAAGAAGAAAAAGAAGAAGAAAGACAAGAAAAAGAAAGACAAAAAGAAGGAUUCCAGCUCUUCUUCUGAUAGUGAGAAAAAGAAGAAGAAAGACAAGAAAGAGAAGAAAAAGAAGGACAAGAAAAAGGAUGAGGGGAAGGAACCCUGUAGUUCUUCUGGCCUUUCAGCAGCAAGUGGGGACAAAGCAGAACAAGGCCAUGAUGGAGAUGAGAAAAAAGACAAGGAAGACCAGGCCAUGGAAGUUGAGGAGGGACAGCUCUUCUCCACAUUGCCCGGGGGGAUGAAGGCGUCCACUGAUUGCAAUGAAGAGGGCCACCUGAGUGACGAUGAGGGGGAAGGAGAGAAGGACGAGAAAGAAAAGAAGAAGAAGAAAAAGCUGAAGAAGAAAAAGGACAAGAAGGAUUCAAGCUCUUCUUCAGACAGUGAAGAUGACAAGAAAAAGAAAAAAAAGAAAAAGAAGAAGAAGGAUUCCAGCUCCUCUUCCUCCUCUGAUAGUGAAGAUGACAAGAAGAAGAAGAAGAAGAAAAAGGCAAAGAAGAAGAAGGAUAAGGACUCGAGCUCCUCUUCUUCUUCUGAUAGUGAAAGUGAGGAUGACAAGAAGAAGAAGAAGAAGAAAAAGGCAAAGAAGAAGAAGGAUAAGGACUCAAGCUCCUCCUCCUCUGAUAGUGACGAUGACAAGAAAAAGAAGAAGAAAAAGAAGAAGAAGAGCUGCAGCUCCUCUGAGGAAAGCUCUUCAUCUUCCUCUGAUAGUGAUCAUGAGAAAAAGAAGAAAAAGAAGAUGAAAGACAAGAAGAAGAAGAAAAAGAAGGAUGAUAAGAAGAAGAAAAAGAAGGAUAAGAAGAAGAAGAAGAAGGAUUCAUCUUCUUCCAGCGAUUCUUCUGGUGAGGACAAGAAGAAAAAGAAGAAAAAGGAUAAAAAGAAGAAGAAAAAGAAAGACAAGAAAAAAGAAGCCUCUGAUUCAAAUGACAGCGGCAAGGAAAACAAAGAAAAGAAGGACGAGGGAGACAAGGAAAAGGAAGUCCCUGAUGGUCAGCAGAGCGGGGAUCCAAAGACGGAGGCGUCCGGUUCAACCAGCGGCGGGCCGUCUGCAUCCAGUGAUGGAAGCUCCAAGCCGAGCGGCGCUCCGAGCCUCUCCGGCACGUCCGUUCCUCCCAAACGUGAAGGCCAGCUGGAUCCUGGGAAGCCGUCCGAGUCCUCUGGAGUCCAAACCUCCGCCAGCAGCCCCAUGGAGCCUCUGAUGGGGGGCACGAGGGUCAGGGAUGGAACCACCCGCACCUCCACCCCCCUCAGCGCAUCUGAAUUUCUCAGAGGCCCCAGAGUUUAUAGAUCAGUAGAUUCCAGUUAUAAAAAACCAUUCUGAUUAAAGAAAAAGAAAUGCAAAAACAUAAAGUUUGAGGCAUAAGAGGGUUUUGGGUUUUGGUUUGGAUUCAAAUAUUGUUAUUCACCAUAUGUGCUUGCUUUACCAGGGUUAAGAGGCUGAGAAAAACAUGAUUUCUGUUCCACAUGUGGUUCAUUUGAGGGAAAAACACAAUUAAAGUUGGAAUCAUAAAAUAACAUAAAAAUAAAUCAUAAAAUAACAGUUUUUUGUGUGUGAAAUAAAGCUGUUAGAUUUUA